AUGCUCCAGCAGGAAGAACAACAGCAACAGGAUCCACUCGCACCACCCGCGCAAGGUCUAAAUCCCCAUCAAGAGCGCCAGGCCCAUCCCGCCGGGGCGACUCGCGUCGUGUUGGACGGAUCUCACAUCUUAACAGGCGGCGCUGACGGCGUCGUGGCGCUUUAUCCGCUGCGGCGGUGGCCGGCGUGUGCGCAGCUGUGGGCGCGGCAGUGCCAUGAUGGGAUGGUCACUUCAUUGGUGCUGCACAGUGCGUUGGGCCUCGCGAUCUCCUGCGGCCGCGACGGGCACGUCGUUUUGCACGAAAACAUCCACGCGGAGUCCACCGCCCGUGUGAUUUGCCGCGUGACGGGCGAAGUGCGAUCGCUGUUGUUUGAUGCCGAGCGGCGGCGUGUCUUUAUUGCCGGGGAUUCACUGCGUUGUCUGCAGAUGUUGGCACGCGGCUGCGAUGUGCAGACCAUACCGCUGUGUGUGCCCCACCCCAUUAUCGCCUUGGGACUAUCGCCGUGCGGGAAUCUCUUGGCCAUGGCUUCCGCCAGCGGGGCCGUUGGGGUAGUGGCAACCUGUCCAAAUAAUAAUAAUAAUAAUAAUAAUAAUAAUAAUAAUAAUAAUAAUAAUAAUAAUAAUAAUAAUAAUAAUAAUAAUAAUAAUAAUACACAAGAGGCAGGACAAGAAGCAAAAGAUGAGGCUAUGGAACGUUGGAAGAAUGUCAAAUUUACAUUUCCCAAUCUUCUCUCUCCAACCGCACGACGAGAUGAUACAGCGGCCUAUCGUCUUUGUUGGUGCCGCACGCCCACUGGCGCAUUAUUUUUAUUUGUACCUGGACUCACAGAGGCGCGGAUAUUAAAGUUUGAGGCCGCAACCACAACACCGUAUAUACAUCGUAUGCGUCAUGUGAGUAGUAUUGAUAGUUUUGGCAUGAAAGAUCUUCUUAGUGUGGUCUGUUAUCCACUCACUGCACAUAUGCUCUGUGUGGUACUCAUCGCCACUUCUGGUGUGGUGGUGACAAAAGUGGAUGAUCGUAAGUGGAGUGUAACGCGACUGCAAGGACAAACAUUUAAUACGAUAACAGAUGCAUAUGUUGAUAUAUCAACAGGGGAUAUUACGGUAGGUACACAGAAUGGUGUGGUUUCAUAUUUACGCCGUGAAGCUCCUAAAGUAAUGACAACAGUACGUAAAUCAGGUGAGAUAGAUGAGAAUGUUCCUCUCAACAAUGGUAAGACUAACGGUAGUGGUAAUAAUACGAUGGGAGUUAUAGAGAGUCAAACGACAAAUGGAGUGAAGAAAAAGAUGAGACAUGAGGUAGAAACUCAUACGAUUGAUGAUAGUGAUAAUAACAGUGAUAACAGAAGUAAAGAAGACAAGAAAAACAAGAAGAAAAAGAAGAAGCAGAGGAGUGAAGAGGAGAAUAAUGAUGAUGAUGAUGAUGAUGAUGACUCAUCAUCUUCAUUAUCAGCGUCCUACUCAUCUGCUUCAGAAGUCAAGGAAGACCUGCGUCAGGUAGUAGAUGACCUUAAACGCAAUAAUCCAGAUUAUAGAGAUGAUGAAGAAGAUGAGGAACGACCAUCACGAUGGCGACAACAGGAUCCAAAAGAAGUAGUACGUUUUGUAGAAAAAACACAACGUAUUCAACGCUCUGUUUUUCUUGACGAUGAAGCAGAAGAGUCAUCUGAUGAGGGUAGCAAUGAUGAUGAUGAUGAAACCGCAGGUGUUGAAGAGGAUAGUAAUGGAAGUUAUAAACACCAUAGAGGAAGAGGAGGCAAUUAUAAUCAUAAUAAUGAAGAAGAUGAUGAUGUUGCAUCUGUGGCAGUUACAGAUGCGGGAGCUUCGUUAACAUCAUCUCAACCUCUUUGUAAUGGUGGUGUAGGGCGAGUAACAACCGCUGCGGUUGUGGAUUACUCUUUUCAGAUUGGAGCCACACCUGUAGGAGAUGAGGGAAGUUGUUAUUUGGCUUAUAAUUCUGUUGGUUACAUUCACAGCACACCUGAAGGUACAACGAUUCAUUUUCAUGAUAUGUCUUUACAAUCUGUGCGAGUAUUAGAGCGAGGAACUAUUUUAAUGGCCGCCUUAAGUCCUGUAGGAGCUGCUUUUGUACUUGGACAAGAAUCUGAAAUGGAUAGUAUUGACGAUACCCCAUCUCUCACACUUUACUACCGUACAUUUGUAGCUAUUGGAGCUCAAUCUGAAUGGCGUACGCGAUUAUAUCCCGGUGAGUUGGUAAGAUGCCUAACAUGUGGAAUUCGAUAUACAGCAGUGGCGACAAGUCGUUAUCUUCGUAUCUUUUCUCUUUCCGGUGUGGAAUUAGCCGUGAUAAGUCUCUUUCCCCGCAUUGUCGCUAUGGUGGGAACCAAUAGCAGUAAGAUUAUGCAUUCCUUUAAAGCAGAUUUUGAUCCACUAGCGAUUUGUUAUCUAAAUAGUGGUGGAGAGUUAAUGUUGCAAGUAUUGGAUGUGGGUUCCCGUGCGGUGGUGGUGCCUGCAGUGACAGUUCCUCUCACAACCCACGAAGAUGGAGGAAUUCAUCAUCAACAACAAAAACAACAACAACAAGAACAUCAAUUACAAUGGAUGGGAUGGUCAGAAGAUGGUCCAUUGCAUGUUGCCGAUACUGCUGGAGUAUUACGUAUGUUUACACUAAACUGGGGUGGUAGUUGGGUCCCUGUGUUUGAUCCACGCACACUUACAGAUCAAACCUAUAAUUUAUGGAUUUGGGGAGUAAAUGAUGAGACACUUCUCGCCUAUCGCUCUAGUAAGAAUGACCCGCCCUAUCCCGCUGCUGUUGCCAGUGCUCUCCCAACAGAACAUGUACGUUUGUUUCUCCCACUCACCCGUAAUGGAACAGAACGAGAUAUGAUUACAUGGGAUCAUUUAUUGCGACGAGAAGUACGCACAGAUGAGUUAAAGCGGCGUAGUACAUAUUAUACACCUGUUAUUGCUAAACAUGAUGCCUUACAUGAUAAAAAAAUUAUGGAGUUAUUCCGUAAUGCAUUGAAAGAGCAACAAACCACACGGGCUCUUGAUCUCGCUACUUAUCUUGAAUUACGUGAUAAUAUUGAGGUUUGUGCUAAAGAGGCUAACGCACAGGGACACAGACAACUUGUACAAAAAUUACUUUCACUGUUAGAAGUACGUGUAAAGGCAAAGAAGAAGCGUCGUUGUCCUCUUCCUCUUGAAGGCACCAUCGUUAGUGAACGGGAACGGGAUUUACUCCUGCGAAAACUCUUAACAAAGGAAAAGAAUAUAUCAACCACCACUACUCCAUCCAACGAUAGUAAUAACAAUAAUAAUAGUAAUAUGAACACUAAUCCUAAUGGUGAUGAUUUGGCUUCUGGAAGGAAUAGUGAGAGUACUGGAACUGUUCAUAUACAAUCUACACUAAAAGAAAAAGAGAAUAUGACUGCUGCUGCUGCUCCAGCUCCAGCAACAACAAAGAAGGAUGCCGAUAUUGUCGUGCCAUCAGUCUCUACUGCAGAUAUCACAAAACCAGGAACAACAACAACAACAACGAAAAUUCCAGCCGUUGCAAGUCCAUCAAGACGACACAUUACAUUUACAGAUCAGCAGGAGACCACUCCAAUGAAGGGAACUGCGGAAGUUGCCAUCACACCCACAAGAAGCAGUGGUGGAGGGAGUAGCAGCUACUGUAGCACCAAUUGUGUUAGCCCAACUCCCUCUGGAAAACCACUCAAUCCAUUUAAAAAGGCUGUUGCCAAUGAAAGGGGAAGUUUAAGUCCAACUCCACAAGAGAAACCACAGAAUCCAUUUAACAGAUCUGCGAAAACGACUAUGAUGACACUAAACAAUACAACACCGCGACAAGCUACAAGCAGAAGUUUAUCCAAUUCCUUUGUCUUGGGUGAUUCCCAGUCUUCCAUGGUGGUAGAUGUGGAUGAUGUUGGACCCUCAUCUUUACCAAAACAACAACAACAACAACAACAACAACAACAAGAGAAAACACAGGAAUCUAUGUUAAGUCCUUCUAAACGUCUUGUUAACAUUAAAGCAGUUUCACCGGAAGCUGAAUCUGUUUGCGUUAAACGAGUCUCACCGCCUGUUCUCGUAUCGGUGGAGUCUCCACGCCGAAUUGUACCUCCUUCACGAACUCCAACACCUCCGCCUACUCCAACCGUGAAACGUUUUUGGCCAAAAGCUCAACCAGUAGUACCAGUCGAAACGAUUACAGCGGAAGAAUCAUCCAUAGCGGUGGAUCCCUUUGUGGAUCAUCAGGAAAAUAACGGUGAUGCUGCGCCAGUUUCUUUGGACUCACUCUUGUUAUUAGAUGUUGGACACGAGACAUCACAGACAGGUAUACCGCGAAGUGCCUCCUUUGGUGAAGCCCUACGUAAACGUUACCGUGAAGAAGAAGAAGAGGAUGAAGAUGAGAACGGCACUGGAGAUGGUAAUAAUGAUGGAAAUGAGAAUGUGUCACGUAAGUUGUUAAUUCCAAAGAUUGCAUUUUAG